AGACAGAACGUGGCCGUUUUAGACGAACAAACAAAAAAGAAAAUCACAGCAAAGCCGAGAAGGAAGGGGCUGCAAAGCCCCCCCCCCCCCCAAAAAAAAAUCCACCUUAAUAAGCUUGUGUUUGGUCUCUCUCCACACUUUGCGAUAGCUAGCUGCUAAGCUCCGCAGCGCCUCCUCUCAUCCACCGCUACACUCGCUUUUGUUAUAAACGAACAAACAUACAACCACGGUUUAAUUAUCCCUGUUUAGAUAUUGAUGUGGUAUACAUGCCAGAACAGACUGUAGUUGGACUGUAAUGGAUGUUCAAGCACCUCCAAAGCUAAUCCCCAAUAAUUUCAACGAUGAUGAUGAUGAUGAUGAUGGGCCCAUAGUUUUCAAGAGGGGUGGUAACUCAACAUCGAAGCAGAAUCAAUUAAACCCUGAAGCGAAGAAACCGUCUUCAUCUUCUCAGAACUCCAAUGGUCAAAGCUUGAAUUUGCAGAAGGGUAAAUCGCCUAUUCCAUCUUCCAAUGCAUCCCCUAUGAAAUCUUCUACAGGGAGCCCUAAAGCAUCAGCUUCAUCUGCCAAGGCAUCCCCGUUGAAGUCACCACUGACAUAUACUAGAGCACUCACUUCUUCAAAUGAUCAGUCGAAGCAGGCAUCUAAACAGGUUGUCUCAAAUGCUGUUAAGGAGGAGAAGAAACCGAUUGUGGAUGAUGAGGAUUCCGAGGACGAUAAGCCCCUGAGUUCUAGAAUUAAGGGGAGCACAAACAAUGUCAAUAAAGGGGUUACUGCACCUGCUCAUGUCAAGGAUGAGCCUUCAGAUGAUGAUGAAGUUCCUUUAUCCUCGAGGUUUGCAAUCAAGUCAAAUGCAGGGACAUCAAGUAGUAAGUCUAUCAGAUCUAGUGAGAUAAGAUCUUUGCCUUCUAAAAGUCAGCUAAAUGGUUCUACUAAAAAUGACAAGCAACAGAAAUCUUCUGUGGUGCCAACUAAGAGACCUAUGGAUAAUAAGGUUCCUUCAAACCAUUCUUCUGCUAAAAAACCAAAACUUUUAGAUGCAUGUACAACAACAAAAGUUAAGCAAGUUACUGUCAAGGUUGAGCAGAAGGCAGAUGAUGAUGACCACCUUACAAUUUCCCAGAGAAUGAAGAAGGCGGACUCCUCAGCUAACAAAUCAUCAUUUGCAAAGAAAAAGGUUACAAAAGUUGUUUCUUCGUCAUUCAAGAAGACGACUCAGAAGAACAAGAAACAAAUGAAAAAUUCAAAAUAUUCAAAGUCAACUAAAGUGCAGCCUGGCUCCAGUGAUGGCCAGAAAAAAUGGACUACCUUAGUUCACAAUGGUGUCAUCUUCCCACCUCCAUACAAGCCUCAUGGGGUUAAGAUUCUUUACAAGGGGAAACCAAUUGAUUUGACUCCUGAACAAGAGGAAGUUGCAACCAUGUUUGCAGUGAUGAAAGAUACAGACUAUGUUCAAAAACCACAAUUCCUUCAAAACUUUUGGAACGAUUGGCGUAAAUUACUAGGGAAAAAUCAUGUAAUACAGAAGCUAGAUGACUGUGAUUUCAACCCCAUAUAUGAAUGGCAUCAGCAAGAAAAGGAGAAGAAGAAACAAAUGAGUACUGAAGAGAAAAAGGUCUUGAAAGAAGAGAAAUUGAAGCAAGAGGAGAAGUACAUGUGGGCCAUUGUUAAUGGUGUUAAAGAGAAGGUUGGGAAUUUCAGAGUAGAACCACCGGGUCUAUUUCGAGGACGGGGAGAGCAUCCAAAGAUGGGGAAGCUGAAAAGCCGAAUUCGUCCCAGUGACAUUACUAUAAAUAUUGGAAAGGAUGCACCUAUCCCAGAAUGUCCUAUUCCUGGUGAAAGGUGGAAAGAAGUGAAGCAUGAUAAUACUGUUACAUGGUUGGCGUUCUGGAAUGAUCCAAUCAAUCCAAAAGAAUUCAAGUAUGUAUUCUUAGCUGCGAGCAGUUCAUUGAAGGGGCAAAGUGACAAGGAAAAAUACGAGAAAGCAAGGAAGUUGAAGGACUAUAUACACAACAUCAGAGCAGCUUACACAAAGGAUUUUGCAAGUAAAGAUAUUACGAAGCGGCAAAUAGCAGUGGCAACCUAUCUUAUUGAUAAGCUAGCUCUGAGGGCGGGUAAUGAGAAGGAUGAUGAUGAAGCUGAUACUGUUGGUUGCUGCACAUUAAAAGUAGCAAAUGUUGAGUGCAUCCCUCCAAAUAAGCUGAAGUUUGACUUCCUUGGUAAAGAUUCAAUUCGAUAUGAAAACACGGUCGAGGUUGAGCUUCCUGUGUACAAGGCAAUUGGACAUUUUCAAGUUGCAAAAAAGCAAACUGAUGAUCUUUUUGACUCACUGGAUACAUCUAAACUAAAUGCUCACCUAAAAGAACUCAUGCCUGGCCUCACAGCAAAAGUUUUUCGUACAUACAAUGCAUCAAUUACAUUGGAUGAAAAGUUAUAUGAGGAAACAGAAGAUGGUGAUGUUGCUGAAAAAAUUGUCAUUUACAACCAAGCAAACAAACAGGUUGCAAUCAUUUGUAAUCAUCAACGAACCAUUUCAAAAUCUCAUGAUGCACAAAUGUCAAGAUUGACUGAGAAAAUUGAGGAACUUAAGAGCACGCUAAAGGAGUUGAAAACUGAUCUGGACAGGGCCAAAAAGGGGAAGCCCCCAUUGAAGGGUGCAGAUGGAAAGCAAAAGAGGAGCUUGUCUCCUGAAGCAAUAGAGAAGAAGAUAGCGACAACCAAUCAAAGGAUUGAGAAAAUGGAAAUGGCCAUGAAGACCAAAGAGGAUCUGAAAACAGUGGCAUUGGGGACGUCCAAGAUUAACUACCUUGAUCCUAGGAUCACAGUUGCGUGGUGCAAGCGGCAUGAAGUUCCUAUUGAUAAGAUAUUCAACAAGUCUCUCUUAGCAAAGUUUACCUGGGCGAUGGACGUUGACCCCCAAUUCAGAUUCUGAUCGUGGGAAGUAAUGGUUGUUUUUCAAAUCCCUCCGCCCCCAGCCACCCACCAAAAGAAAAAAGGUAGAGAGAGAGAGGGAGAGGCGAAUCCAUGUUCUUCUCUCUCUCUCUCUCUGUCAUCACAGUUUAUGCACAUUUUUCUGAAAGUUAAUGUUGUAUUCUCGUCUAAUCUAAUCAUUGGGUAAAUUUUCCCUUUCUUCAUACUGCUCCUCUUGUUUAAACCAUUCAAUGGUGAAAAGAAGUUGCAGCAAGAAUUGUUUACUUGCACCUUCGACAUUCGGGUACUAACAGUAUAAAUGUAGAAGAUACACUGAAUGCCUCAAACCGAGUAAAAUUAUUUUUUUUU